AUGAGCGACCGACCAGAACCCCUCAGGCUCGGCUCCAAGGCCCCCAAUUUCAAGGCCGAGACGACCCAAGGACCCAUCGACUUCCACGAGUUCAUCGGCGACAACUGGGUUAUUCUUUUCUCUCACCCUGAGGAUUACACUCCUGUCUGCACAACUGAGCUCGGUGCUUUCGCCAAGUUGGAGCCUGAGUUCAGCCGUCGCGGUGCCAAGCUCAUUGGUCUCUCAGCCAACACAGUAGAAAGUCAUGGAGGCUGGAUCAAGGACAUUGACGAGAUCUCGGGAAGCAGCCUCAAGUUCCCCAUCAUCGGCGACAAGGACAGGCAGGUCGCCUUGGCAUACGACAUGAUCGAUCACCAAGAUGCCACCAACGUCGAUAGCAAGGGAAUCGCCUUUACAAUCCGCUCAGUCUUCAUCAUCGACCCCAAGAAGACCAUCCGCCUCAUCCUUUCUUACCCAGCAAGCACAGGCAGGAACACUGCGGAGGUCUUGCGUGUCUUGGACAGUUUGCAGACUGGUGACAAGCACAAAAUUACUACUCCUAUCAACUGGGUUCCAGGUGAUGACGUUAUCGUCCACCCCUCUGUUAAGACCGAGGACGCCAAGACCAUGUUCCCUGAUAUCAGAAUUGUUAAGCCUUACCUGCGCUUUACUCCUCUCCCGAAAGAGAAGACGACUGCGGCAUAG